AAGUCAUAGAGGUGAGGUCUGUUCUUUUCUUCUAAAAAGAAUGUGAAAUAGUAAUAUGAUUAGCCAUCAAUGCUGGGCCAAACCAUCCACUCCAAUCCGCACACUUUUGUUUCACUUAGUUUAGCACUGUGUGUGUUCCUGCACUCAACCAAGCAAGCUAAUCUCUUAUAUAUAUACAUUAAAUUACACUCAUUCCACACCGUCCUUGUCUCAUCAAUGCAGCAACCUAAUUUGUACAAGCUUACAAGAAACCCCAUCAAAUAGGCCGAAGCUUGAAUAUCACUGCAGAACAUGGAGAAUAGCUGGCUUCUCGCGUUUUUCCUCCCGAUAAUUGUCACAAAAGCUGCUCUCAUUGUUGGUGGAGGGGGUGUCGGCAUUGGAGUUGGCGGCGGCGUUGGUGGCGGUGGUGGAGGUGGAGGUGGUGGGGUGUGGAUUGGUGGAGGAAUCAAUUCUCCGGCAGCCCCUUCUGGUUCACCAGAUUCAAAGCUCAGCAAUGCAUACACUGCUCUCCAGGCCUGGAAAUCUGCAAUCACGGAUGAUCCACUCGGCAUUACGAGUUCAUGGGUUGGCCCAAAUGUGUGCUCUUACAAAGGAGUGUUUUGCUCUGAUUCCACGGAUUUUAUGGGAAAUCCCACAGGCAAAGUUGUAGCGGCCAUAGAUCUAAACCAUGCCAAUUUGAGAGGGAGUCUGGUUAAAGAACUCUCUCUUCUCACUGAUCUGUCUCUUCUCCACCUCAACAGCAACAGGUUCAGCGGCACUGUCCCCUCAUCUUUCAGAGACCUGUCAUCGCUCACUGAACUUGACCUCAGCAACAACCACUUCUCAGGCCCUUUUCCCACCCCAACUCUCUACAUUCCAAACCUCCUCUAUCUGGACCUCAGAUUCAACAGCUUUUCGGGCCGAAUUCCUGAGGACCUAUUCAACAAGAAACUCGACGCAAUCUUCCUCAACAACAACCUGUUUGACGGAGAACUCCCUGAGAACUUAGGCAACUCUCCAGCGUCUGUAAUCAACUUGGCCAACAACAAGUUCACCGGGGCAAUCCCCUUCAGCCUGAGCUACAUGGGCAUAAAGGAAAUCUUGUUCCUCAACAACCAGCUUACAGGCUGCAUACCCGAAGGAGUCGGAAUGUGGACAGAUUUACAGGUUUUAGAUGUCAGUUCCAAUUCACUGACAGGCCAUCUGCCUGAUUCCUUGUCCUGUUUGAGUGACGUCCAAGUUCUCAACUUGGCACACAACAAGUUCUCCGGUAUGCUGCCUGAUUUAGUCUGCUCGUUGAGGAACCUGGUCAAUUUGACAGUUGCGGCCAAUUUCUUUUCCGGGUUCAGCCAAGACUGUGAGAAAUUGUCUGUGGGAUUUGACUUCUCCCUGAACUGCAUUCCUGGGAAGGAAAUGCAGAGACCUCAGCCGGACUGCUCGGCGGUUCCAGGCGGCGGGCUCAGUUGCCUUAGAAUCCCUUCAGCGCAGGCUCUUGUUUGUGGGUCAUUAUUACUACAGUUGUGA